GUUUUCAAGCUUGCGCGCACGCGCUACCCGAUGUAGUACGGGAGGAAAAAUCCGCUUUCACUUAGGCCACACACGCGCACACACAUUUACGCACUUCUGUAGACUUCAUCGAAGCAAGCAGGGCGCUUUAACGACUCCUGUUUGACUGUCAGUUCAAGUGCGACGUUGUGAUCGUUCACGGAAAUAAACGACGUUGUCGAUAAACUGAAAUCAGUUGAAGGCCCCCAACAGGACUGAGCGCCGGAACCGAGCGGGACUUGUGGAGCGGAACGAUGGAGGCUUCGGGCAACAGUGCAACGGUGGCAGGAGCCGCGGACUCGAACAGUAGCGCCGCCAAUGCUGGAGGAACAGCCGCGCCCGGUGGAGCCACUGGAGCCGCGGGACCCAAACCUGGCCUGGAGUCGGUGAAAGGACAAAAUUUUGACGUGGGCCCACGUUACACCGACCUCCACUACAUCGGGGAGGGUGCCUACGGGAUGGUCUGCUCUGCUUUAGACAAUGUGAACAAGUGCAGAGUGGCCAUUAAGAAGAUCAGCCCGUUCGAGCACCAGACGUAUUGCCAGCGCACGCUGAGGGAGAUCAAGAUCCUGCUGCGCUUCCGCCACGAGAACAUCAUCGGCAUCAACGACAUCCUGAGAGCGCGCCGCAUUGACUACAUGCGUGAUGUCUACAUUGUGCAGGACCUGAUGGAGACAGACAUGUACAAGUUGCUGAAGACCCAGCAGCUCAGCAACGAUCACAUCUGCUACUUUCUGUACCAGAUCCUGCGUGGGCUGAAGUACAUUCACUCUGCAAAUGUUCUCCACAGAGACCUGAAGCCCUCCAACCUGCUCAUCAACACCACCUGUGACCUCAAGAUCUGUGACUUUGGGUUGGCACGGAUAGCUGACCCAGAGCAUGACCACACUGGGUUCCUCACAGAGUACGUGGCCACUCGCUGGUACCGUGCUCCAGAGAUCAUGCUCAAUUCCAAGGGCUACACAAAGUCCAUUGAUAUCUGGUCAGUAGGUUGCAUCCUGGCCGAGAUGUUGUCCAAUCGGCCCAUUUUCCCAGGAAAGCACUAUCUGGACCAACUCAAUCACAUACUUGGUAUCCUGGGCUCUCCUUCUCAGGAAGAUCUAAACUGUAUAAUCAACAUGAAAGCCAGGAGCUACUUGCAGUCUCUCCCACCAAAGCCCAAAGUUCCAUGGAGCAAGCUCUUUCCCAAGGCGGAUAGCAAAGCUCUGGAUUUGUUGGACCGUAUGUUGACUUUUAACCCCAUCAAGCGUAUAACUGUGGAAGAAGCACUGGCACACCCUUACCUGGAGCAGUACUAUGACCCCACUGAUGAGCCGGUGACUGAGGAGCCCUUCACCUUUAACAUGGAGCUAGAUGACCUUCCUAAAGAGAAGCUGAAGGAGCUCAUCUUUGAGGAGACGGCACGGUUCCAGGCCAACUACCAAGGCUCCUGAGGGAAACGAGUACCCAAGGAGAGGUAUCAAGCCACGCUUAGGCUAAGAACAAGAUAACUCCAAACAAGCUACAAAAGUUGUACACACGUUAUCCAAAAAAAAAAAAAAAAAAAACUAAAAAAAGGAGAAAAAAAAUUGUACAUGGAAAACUUGAGCAUUUCUUUUCUUUCUCUUUCGCCUGGAGGCUGUGUUUGGGUUUCUAACCUGCUAUGUAAACGCCAUUGAACGGGGGGCAGCUAUAUCCACCGUGUCACUCCAUGCUGCACACAGCCCACUAUACCUUCACCCUUCCUGCUUUUCUUUUCUCACACUUCUGCUCUUUCUCGCACUCUCUCCCCCUCUCAUCUCGCCACAUUCGGCCUGUUAACGUUUUGGUGUUUAUGCCGUUCAAACAGAGAAAGCGUAGAGAGGGAGAGGAAGAGCGAGCAUAUCGUUACUGUGGGCUCCGCCUGGGUGUAUACGUGUAUGCAUAUGUAAUUUGGACUUUUUUUUUAAAUUUUUUUUUUGCAUUCUCUCUGAGUAUUAUAUGUCUGAGAUCUGUUUGUACACUGUAAUUUGAACGUUAUGAUCCUUUGCAAAAUGUGUUUUGUAUGUGGAGAGUUUAUAUUUGAGUAUUUGUUAGAAUUUAAUUUUUUUCUUUCUUUUUAAAUCAAAACACACGAGAAGCCUGGUUAGUUUUCCUUGCUCUAGAUAGUCAGUCAUUGCUGGCAAUUACAAAAAAAAAAGGAAAAUACACAGGAUGAAGAUGUAUAGAACGGAAUCUUGUGUUAUUUUACUGUACCAUAUCUGCUUCCAUUGGUGUUUCCCUCCCCAUCAGUGCUCUUGGAAAAUGAAGCCAUCAGUAUCAUCCAACUCUAUCAUCCCAGCAUACUUUUUUUCCUCUUUUUCUGUUUAACUUUUUGCAGCAGCAAGAAUGAACCAAUUAAGAGAAAACACUCUAUACAUUGAAUGUUCAUUUCCUCGACGUUCCUCAGUGUGUAGAUUUUCUGCAAGUUAUUUUCUUAGUGUUGGUCGUCAAUCCCUUCCUUUUUUUUCUUCCUCCAGCUAAACAUAUUUUAUCUCCGAUUUUAACCGCUGAUCCCUUAUCAUUUUUCUCCAGCACCUGCAGCAUUCGUUCACAUUCGUUCUCCUCACGUUGCCAGUUGAGGAGGCAUAGCCAAGCCGAUCGCUUUCGGAGCCAUAGCACACACUCCUUCCCCCCUGGUGAUGUCACAAUUUUUUCGAAAAGGGCUUUUUUCCACGGGGCUUGCUGACCUCAACGCCUCUCUUGCCUGUGAUUGGCUGACCUUGUGAUAAUGUAGUCUGUGACUGGCUGAAUUUGCAUGCACCAAAUCACAGGUAGUGUUUCCUAUUUUCCUGCUCGUUUGAAGAAGUGUUAUUGCAUUGUUUUGUUUCCUGCAACUGACUUAAACGCCUGUAACAAACGCAGAUAUACGCUUUUUGUCUGGUCACCAACGAGGAAAGCUAGCUCUUGAGAGAUGGAACAGAGAGAGAUUUUAAACAGCGGGGUACGUUUUACUUUGAAUAAAAGCCGAGCUCCAUUCCUACACAAUGUUAAUGUUUGUAUAUUUUUUGUGUAGGUACAGCGAAAGCACACCCUGCAGUACAUUUCAUACAUCGGCUGAAUGACGUUUUUCAAUCUGUGCACCUGCACUUUGUGUCUCACGACCAAAUGCUUUGUUUUAUUUCUUCUACAUAUCUAAUGUUGUUUUUUUUGUUUUUUUUUUUUUGCUCUGUCCUCUUUUGUCUUCUCUUUAUAGAAACAUUUUUGAUCGAUGGAGAUGUGACAUAACCUCUGUAGUACUCACUCCAUUUGGGUCCCGCUUUUUAUUCCCCCCUCUUGCUUUGUUGGUGCAUUGUGGGACAGAAAGGCACAGAUGGUCGGGCUGCAUCCCCAUGUCUGUGUCUGCAUGUCUGUCUGCUUCAUUAUUUAUUUUCUUUUUCCCCUCUGCGUCCUCUCACUGCAAGUGACUCUGCGCCGCUCACUGAGCCAAGGGGAACAAAUCGUUACCAAGGAAAUACUUAUGCCGCGUUGUUGAUGUAUUGCUUAUUUACAAAAAUGGGACCAUAGGGACUGAACAAUCGCACAACACACGUACAGAUAUCCAUCUCUCACACAAACAGUAUAUUAUUUGAGACCUACAAAUUAAUAGAUUUAAUAAUGUCCUUUUAAUGGCUGUUCUUAUAAUUAUUGAUGUUAUAUUGAUAAAUAUUUUUUAAGAAUGAAAAGGGAUGUAAAACUUUUUUUUUUCCUUUCAUUUCUCUCUUCAUGUGUGAAUUAAUCAGGUGUUGUUGUCACUCUAUCGGAAAACUAUCCCCCUCCCAAUCUUUUAAGGAAUUAUUUUAAAAGAUGAUUUAAAGCUAUGAGUAGAUUGUCAAGAGUUAUGAACCAUGGAUGGUUUUAGUGUAUGUACAUGCUUAUGGGUAUUAUGAAUUAAACAAUUAACAAAGAAACAGACUUAUAUACAUAAAUAAAAUUCCUGAUGUAA